AUGAGUCCUCAUAUAGAGGACAUUUUGGGGGGUAAAGGACUGCAGCAAAAGUCUUACAGUGCGGCUACUUUUGGCCAACUCUAUUCAAGGAUGCCCAUGCCCAUGUUAUGCAAUGCGACAGUGGCAACUGCUUAUCACCCACAGACUAAUGGGCAGGAAGAGAUCUCUAACAGAGAGAUCAAAACGAUCUUGGAGAAGAUGGUUAAUACUGCCAGAAGAGAUUGGUCACCCAAGCUUGACGAGGCACUUUGGGCUUACAGAACUACCUACAAAACACCAAUUGGCAUGUCUCCAUACGCCCUGGUCUUCGAAAAAGCUUAUUAUCUGCCGCUCGAGUUGGAACACAAGGCAAUGUGGGCAUGCAAGAAACUGAAGUUCGAUUUAGCCAAUGCGGGGAAAGUUCGGAAGUUACAAUUGAAUCAGUUGGUCAAAUGGCGAAGGGAUGCCUAUGAAAAUGCCAAGAUAUAA